GUGAACCAGAUCACUAGAAAAUCUGCUACUCGUUUUAUCGAUUGCAGCAACGUCGAAAGGAGCAUCUUCUUGACGAGGAGAAAGAGCAGAACCUUCACGUUCUUGUUGACGAGGAGAAUGAGCAGAAGUCUAGACAUUGUUGUUUGAUAAGUGAACAGGCCAAGCAACGUUUAAGCCACUUGACACUGACGAGACAUAACAAAAACUUGACUGUUACUCUCAAAAAGAGGCGGACUUCUACUAGUUCUGUGUGAGCUAGGAGGAUAGUUAUUUUUCUGGUGAAGGAUGAUCCUAUCAGCACUAUUGUACGGUCUUAUGCGCCCCCAGUAUGUAAUUUGGAUGAUCUUAUAUAGGUUAAUUAAUUGUUUGAAAGGGCGGUGGCAUAUAGUCCUAACGCAAAAAAAAACACUACGGGCACUAGGAACAGUACUAUCAGGGAUACUCACGUGA